GUCGAGACACUGCAAUGACAAUGACAAAUAGCCCAGAGCACAGAUUAGAAAACAUAGAAAAAUUGGCCUGCUGCGCAGGCGCAGAAGUGUCGCGUCAGCUCAGCGACCUCGUGUUUGCCUUCUUGUCUCUUACAAGCGUCUCUUCCCUUGUGCUCUUAUGCUAAGAGAAGCAGUGAGGUGGUGGAAAAGACCUUAGCGGAUCGACAGUUUCAGCCGCGCAAACUCGAUAAAAGCAAAGAGGCAAAUCGUUCUACACUUGAAAAGCGCAAAUCCGGCAAAAUGGAAGGUAACCUUGGGAUUUUGUUGCAUUGCGCCUCUUUUAUUUUCAAAUCUCAGUCAAACUCUUAUGAGGGACUCCAUGAAUUGUUCUCCCUUGUUGUCUUAUAUUUCUUACAAGCCUCAUACGAGGCCUUAUGAAGCAUAUAGGACAUAUGGAAGUGUGCACGACCGUAGUCAGCUAAAAAAUUUAUUCGGUUUAAACGACAAAAUACGAUCCGAUAGACCCUACAUUUGUAUUUUAAGCUCUUCUUCUCGGAUUAAACGGCGGAAAAUGUCUGCUGCGUUUAAUUUCAAAGCGAUUUCUAAGAAUUUCUUUAUUCAAAUUCGCGCUCAGAGAAUACACCGACUACUAUAAAUUAUGCCUCGGGGACUUACCGUUGCCUACGCUUACCUAAAAUUUCGACCUUUACUGCCAUUUUAUCGAUGGAAAGGGCUAAAAUUUGGAGACAAAUGACACUUUUAAGUCGUUACAACUAGGAAGACGCGAAGACAUGAUGUUGUUCUUCUUUACUCGAAGGAGCGAAGUCAAAGAAAAGGUCCGCGGAGGCAGCAUUGUCCAAGGCCAAACCGAAGAAAGCCAAGACUGUUAAAGAUGGGAAAAGAAAGAAGGCUAAAGGAGACGGACCCCAAGUGAAAAGGGCCUCCUCUGCCUACAUUCACUUCACCACAGAUUUUCGAAAGAAGCUCAAAGAGAAAUGCGAGAAGAAGGGCGAUUCUCUUCCAAAGGCGAAUGAAGUCGCGAAGAUGGCGGGCGAAGCGUGGAAAAAUCUCACGGAUGAGGAGAAAAAACCGUACAAUAUUUUGGCCCAGGAAGACAAAGAGCGCUACCUGAAGGAGGUUAGUAAGCACUGUUGGCAAAACAAAGCUCAAACGAAAGGUUAAAUUACUCAUUCUUCGUGAGUUCAACAUGGCCGCCACCUUACCACUGUUCCUUGUCUGUGUAAGUGUUGACGUCACGUGAUUUUAAGUUUCUAAGGAAGGUAUGAACUCUUUCAGGAGAAUUUUCUAAUGAUUUCAAAAUUUCAAAUUCUUUAAUGCCACAAUGCGUUUUGAUUUUGUGUAUGUGUAAACCUGUUAUUUUGAGGUAAAAGCUUUUUUUGCAAGAAUUUGAUUGCAUAUAUGGAGAUCAUACAGUGAGAUACCUAUGCACCAUUUUCUUUUCUUAAAAAAUAAAUUUCAUGCAAAGGUUUUUUUCCCAGUGAUGUUAGGCUAAAAUUUUUGUUUUAUGAUUUUCUUUUGGACCACAUGAGUGUAGAAAUAUCUCAGUGAAAUCUAGUUUCUCAGAAUUUAAUAACCAAAUGGGUCAAACUUGACAGAAAGACUUUCACAAGUUUGAGUUUUGUAAAAAUUAGGAAAUUCUGUGGCCAAGUUACAAUGGGUAAAGAAGGAAAACUGUGGGAGUCCGAAAGAUUUGAAAUGAACAGUUAGACGGUAGUAUUGCAAAUUCAUAACCUAGUUCAUUUCAUUUUUGUGAUGUUUUCAGUUAAAGUUGGAAAGACUUUCAAAUCAUAACACCUUGGAAUUAUAUUUUAUAAGCAAAGCAUAGCAAAAAAAUCUUAAACAGAGUUAGUGACUGACAUAAAGUUUGUCUCAUGCAAUAGUAUCAAAAUUUUUGGCAGAAAUUAAUUUUGAUAUUUGUUAUAUGGACUUACACCUCAAAGAAAAUUUUUUUGUCUCAUAUUUUUGCAAUAUUUUAACUAUAUGUCCUAAAAUAUGUUGAAAUUUACCACUAGACUCCUUUUAAAUUCCAUUUUAGUUAACCUAAAGUGAACCUUUUUUCAAAUAUUUCAUUAUUUGGGACAUAUAUAAAUUCGUAUAAGAACAUUUAAUACUUUUUGCAACACCAAACUUUUAACAUAUAUAGAAGAUUCACCUUCCUAGGGUUGUUAUAUGAAAAUGUAAUAGAUGCAUGAUCUGAACUGAGCAGGCGGCUGAUUUAAUGAAUGCUUGCAAAACAAAACAAACACGCCCUUCCAGGUGGGUUUAGGGGGGCAUACUGCCUUGAAUAAAAAUUGAAAUUUGAAAAUCUGUGAGGUGUGUUUCUAGGAGUCUGAGACAUAUUUGACUUUGGGAAAACCUACAAACUUAUUUCUUGUCUGAUUACAAUUCACAAAUAGCUUGACAACAAGUAGGUUUAGCAACUUUCUGACUUUGAAUCAGAACUCUGCCCUUUUAUUCUUUGGUCCUGGAAAUCUGUGUUGAAAUCUACCUGGCAGCACUGUACAUGUUAUGGAAAACCACAAAAUAUUUGACUUCAUUUCAUAAUGUCAUUUUCCAGUCGUGGAAAGUCCUUCAAUUUAAGUGUGGGUAAGAGAAAAAGAAGGAAUAUGAUAAGAAACAAUUUUUCUGUGAAAAAAGUAUAUACUUGAGUAGAGAGAUUGUUAUUGAUUGCAGAAAACAUCUGAAAAUUGGAAAAAAAAAGCUUCAAACAAUCAUGUUAUCUGAAAUUUAAGCUUGAAAGGGUAUGAACCCUGACAUUAAGUCUUUGUCUAUCUUCACAGAGUGGUAAACUUGCCAAGAAAGAAUCAGAUAAACCAAAGCGUGCUCCCACAGCUUAUUUCAUUUUCCUUGCUGAAUUCCGAGAGCAAAUGAAAGGGAAAAAGAUUGACGAUAAUCAGAAAAUUCCUGCCUUGGCUGGAGAGAAGUGGCGAACCAUGACUGACAAGGACAAAGAGAAAUACAAACAGCAGGAGGCAGUAGCUAAAAAGAAACAUGAAGCUGCAAUGGAAGAGUGGAGGAAGAAGGUAAGUGUUUGCUAAAAUAUGGAAACCUUUUUUACUUCCACACUGAGAGAUGCUCUGUAAGUUCCACAUUGAGAGAUGCUCUGUAAGACUCAAGUGUCAGACCCAAAAACACAACAUGGUGUGCCUACAGGUCUCGAACCUAGACCUCUGAGAGUGCGGUAUGCAAACAACCAGCCCACCAACCUGUUGUUAACCUUUUAUCUCCUAAGACUCUUCCCUUUGGUUGCUGCACAUUUCCUUGAAAAUUAGUUAUGAGAAUUUGGCGUUGGAUCACAAUAAAACUUCUACCUAAUAUGUUUGAGUACUUUCAUCACUUUUUUAUGGAUCAUGCAUGGAUAUUAUAGGGACAAGUUUCAUGUUAAUUGUCGCUGAGAGUGGAAAGGUUAAUUUGGUAACCUGUUUUUUUUUAUUGUCAUUUUAUUCAUAGAAUGCUGGAAAGGAGGUAGCAGCCCCACCAAAAGCAAAGUCAGAGAAGAAGAAGCCUCCACCUAAAAAGGAGGUUGCUAAAGCAUCAGAGUCUGAAGAGGAGGAUGAUGAAGAUGAAGAUGAUGAUGAUGAUGAUGAAGAGGAAGAGGAGCCUGAUGAUGAUGAUGAUGGUAUGUUGACAACAGUUAUAGAUUUAAACAGAAUAAGAAAGAUUGUAAAUUUUAACUUGGUUAUGAGAAGGAGAAAAAAUUUUUUUUUCGUCUUGUCACAAGCAUGGGUUAAAGAAAACAGUUUGAGUCCCAAUGAGGAAUCAAACCCCUAACCUACAGAUUCCAGAGCAUCAGAGGGCAGAAUUUAAAGGUUUGAGGUUGCACUCCUUAUGAGAUGUAUAACCUUAGACCUUGCUUCCAUGCUCAGAAAAGUGACAAUUAAAAGCAUACCAAAACUAAAAAAAAAAAAAAAAAAAAACUUACUGUGUAACUAAAAAUGGGCACUAAAAAAAGAAGUUUUCUUGGUUUUUUAAUUUUUUUUAAAAUUGCAACGGUUUCAGACUGAUUUAUAGAUUGAGCCAAGUGUGGUUAUAAUGAGGCCUUAUUUUACAUUUUUGAAAGCUCCAAGAUGAAAAAAUAGUGGAACAUCCUAAUAAUGGAGUCCAAAUUUGUUCUCUGACAAGCUGUGUCAGCUGGCAAGGUGAAACUAAUCAUGUGUUUCAGUUGGCUCUCUUAAAUGCGUGCCCUUGGAAGAGUCAUCGGUUGCCUUUUUUGCAUUUACAUUUUAUCACAGUAUUAUAUCUAGGACUGCAAAGGAGAGGUACCUAAAGCUUUAUACUAACCAGGCUCUAUCUUUACUCUUGUGCCACUGAAGUUUUCUGUGUUAAAUUAAUCCCACUUCAGGGGUUUUAAUAAAAUCUGACUACCGCGGCCAGUAAGACCUCUUAUCACUGUCUGUUUAGUCUGCAAGCAGGUUCUUGUGUUUUUGUUUGGGUUACAGCUCCUUUUCAUGCACAGCUGCCUAUUACACCAUUGGCAACUGCUUCUGGAAAAACUUUAUCAUAAACCCCAGACACUCUAUCACUAGGCUAAAUUGACAUUGGCUAAAUGUAAUUACAGAAUCAAAUGUCUAAGUUAGCUUUGUUGUAUUUUGCAGGAGAUGAUGAUGAAGACGAUGAUGAUGACGACGACGAUGAUGACGAUGAAUAAACAGAUUUCCUUUGCACUUCCUCUGAUAGCAAGAGAUCCAUCUUAGAUUUUUAUCCCACCAUUUUCCUAGUUGACAUUUGCUCUUUGUAAUAUGUAGCUUGUGAUUUCAAACUCCAAGAGAAUGUGUGAAUCAUGUGUACACCAUGAUUGUAGAAGUAAAAGACAUUUUAUUACACCAGUAGGUUUGCUUACUCCUCCCUUGUUUGCAGUUCUUAUUUUGACAUUCACUAAAGAUACAUUUAAUCCUUUCACUCCCAAAAUCUGAUUGCUACAUGUAAUUCUCCUUCCCAGCUACUAUAGAUUUCCUUGUAAAUUAGAUGUGAGAAUUUGUUGUUAGAUCAAGGCAACAACUUCCAGCUGAUAAGUUUGAUUAUUCUUUUAGAGUAUUCUAUCUCAUUUGCUGGAUUAUGUAUGGAUACCAUAGGGAAAUGUUAAAUAUUAAUCACUUUUGGGAGUUAAGGAGUGAAGUGGUAGUGAUAAAAGUCAGUUGUUUCCAAAGAGCUUUUAAAGCAGGGAGGGUGUGCAUUAAUAUAUCUUUUUCAGGUUGUUGUUUAAGUUAAGUAAAAUUCUUAGUUUGGAUCUCACUUGGUAUUGAGCAGAAACCUUUUCAUUUUUUGUUGCUUUGUUGUUUUUUGUUUCAUUUUUUGUUGCAGUGUGUUUGUAACCAUUAGUUUGGUCUUAAAGGCCUUGCUGCUAAAAAGUGAAAUUGCAUCUCACUAUUAUCCACAAGUGUGUCACUGUUUAUAGCAUUCCUUUGCGUAGUUAUUUAUUCAGACUAAUUUAGCCAGACCUGAAAACUAAUAAUUAAUAUAUACCUGAGUUAACAGUUAUUUCACCUACGAAAGUUUACAGAGAUACCUUUUGAAUUUCCUCCUACAGACCUUUUUUGGUUAGAAUACCAGAGUGUUUUUGUUUGAACUAUCACAGCCUCCUCUCUCAAUCUUCAACAUUUCAGGUGUUUGCAGCAUCAUUUUCAAGGUUCCUUACUUCAGAUAACAAGAUGUGGGGCAUCUUUGCCUUAAUGCCAAAAUCAAGUUUAGUCCCGUUACGAAGGAAAUGAGGAUUUUGUGAUUUUUGGAUGUAGUUAAGAGAUUGUUUAUCCCGGAAAGGGAAUCCCACAUUUCUUAAAGUUAUUUCUGUCUCCUUUUGGCACCAUUAGUAAACUAAGAUAUUUUGAUUUUAGUUUGUACAUGCAUGUGU